UUUCUCCCCCGGGGGUCCAGCUGGAUUUUUGUAAGAGAUUAAUCUGAAACCACAGAAAACCAUGGCCUGGAGUAGUUGAUUUGUUUUUAUUGUUUUUAAAAAAAAAGUGACACACCCUGCUUCAUUUAAUGUAUUUAACUGGUAGCUUAGCUCACUACACUUUCCAGGUAACACUCUGAAAUACAAACCAAAUCUGAAAUAUGAGCACUUCCUAUGCAUGGGUGCACACCCCAUAAGGUAUGUCCUCCGCAUGAAGGCUUAUAGAGACCCAUAUAGUUGGACAUUGAUCACUGAAUCUCUAGGCAGCAGGUUUUUCUAAGUGGCAGCGGUUGAGAAAUUGUUUCCAGCAGCGCAGCCUGUUGUGGAAUAUCCCUGUGUGAGGUCACUGUUGAAUAGACACACGUGCGCUUUGUCAGCACGGAGCUUGGUGUUUUCACAACGCCAAAAACACACAAGUGCACGUGCAGUCAUGUGUGCAGGGAAGACAUAGACGGUGUAGGAAGGGAACUCUUGUGAGCGAUAUCAAAGUAAAGUUCAAAGAAUUUCUGGUGUGUGUCUGUGUGUGUGUGUAUGUAUGACCAACGUUUUACACUGGUUGCACUAGUUUGCCAAACUUUUUUUUAAGUCGCGCUCUGGAGCCCUGGCAUGUCUUACAAUAAAAAAACACUCUCACACAUGCUCUCUCCACCGAGCACCGUCCUACCUGUGAGAUGUAAAAACGGGUUCAGCCACAUGAAGCAAAACAUUAUUUCAACAUUGUUGCAAUAACAAACAUGCUGCCUGACACUUCAUGAAUACACUCACUGAGGGAACACCUUUCGGACUGCCGAACUAGACGCUCAGAGCUCAUCGUCAAACACACUAAAUACUUCAGAUGUUGAUUACCCACCUGGCUGCAUUUUUUUAUUUUGAGUUGCUAACUGGAUGCUCUUUAUCUGUGCUCACACUGUGUGUUAUUUGUGUGCCGAUAUUCAAGUUUGUUAGUUCACUCGGUGAGGAAAUACUUGCCAGGUUUCAGAUUUCAUAGAGUGCUUGAGGAAAUGAUUUUCUACAAGUCGAAUGGGUUCAGCACUAAACUGUAUAGAGGCUGAAUAGUAAUGGUUCCACUCAGGUGGAUGUGGAACCUUAUGUAUAAGUAUUCACACUCAAGUGGAUGUGGAACCUUAAGUAUAAGUAUUCACACUCAAGUGGAUGUGGAACCUUAAGUAUAAGUAUUCACACUCAAGUGGAUGUGGAACCUUAAGUAUUCACACACUUCACCCUCAGUCCUGUUCUUGUAUUUUGAAAUUCACCAUCUGUAUAUGAUUUUUAUAAAUACCAUAGACUGCGUGAAAACCUCAAUGCAUAUGCAAAAUACAUCUGGGCUCAGGUCUGCCUGAAACGCUCCUCCACUCAGGCAUGACUGAUCAGGAAUGCACAGAGUCGACCGCACCCUUUCUCCCCUUUAACCACUGGAUGCUGGCCUGUUGGGCGUGUGUGUGUGUGUGUGUGUGUGUGUGUGUGUGUGUGUGUGUGUGUGUUUUGAGUGUGUGUGAGAAUGCCCUGCUCAGAUUACCGGAGUUCAUUUGUCUUGUAAGCUAUAGUGCCACUCCUUUGUCAAACUUUUAUUCUUUUCAUGCUACGGCAUCACCUCAUUGUCUUCCCCCUUUCCUUCCUCUCUUCCUCUCUCAUAUCCUACGGACUAAUCUCUCACUUUAUACUUCUACAGCAGGAACACAUGUGAUCAUACACAUAUUGGAAGAAGAGCACUCUCCAGCUCUUGUGCUGAUAACAGAUGUGGCUCAAACGCACACCCAGCCUGUGCUUCCUUGUCCUUUGGCUUGAUGGUGCAUGCAUUUGUUCAUAAAGUGUGUGUGUGUGUGUGUGUGUGUGUGUGUGUGGGGGAAUUAAACUCGGCAUUGUCUGGUUUGGUGUUGAACCACACUUAUGCACCGAAACUAAAUGUGACCGACUUAAGCUUGGAGUCAGCUGCUGCUAUGGGGUCAGGGGUGAGAGGUCAAUACCUGCUUCAGUUUUCUCUUUGCCUCUUUGGAUAAACCGCAAUCGCACUCAUGACUCUUAGACUGUAGAUAACCACACACAUGCACACACACAUUCUUAAUUGCAUACACACAGGAGGGGUGUCUGAGAAUGGUGCUCCCAGCUAAGCCCACAGCUUUCACCAGAGAAUAAUGGAAGUGACACACACACACACACACACACACACACACAAUGGAGUAAUGGGAGCACGUGGCCAGAGGAAUGAGGGGAUUUGUCUUCAAACCACAGUGAAUUGACAAGAGUUGAGUCCAGGGGUUUGAACCAGCUUAGUCGCUGUCCAACAACAACACAGGACCGUGUGUGUGUGUGUGUGUGUGUGUGUGUGUGUGUGUGUGUGUGUGUCCGUGUGUGUCCUCCAAAGGGAAGCGCCAGAGGCCAAAUAUAGGCCUCGAGUGUUUGAAAUAGCAGUGUUAUCCCUCACUAAAGAUUGCUAUCUUUGCCCACACACUUUAUCUCCUUCGGGCCAUGAGAUAGUGUUGUUUAUUCUUGUGUGAUAGAUAAUGUACUUACAAACACACAGAUGCCCAAUUUUCUGGCCCAUUUAACCUUCCAAUGAAGACCAAGGCUACACUGACCAGCAGAGAACACAAGACUUUACUCCUCAGAGGAAUUUCAGUCUGCUGGUGUCCUCAUGUGGUCAGAAAUAGCUAUUACACCUCAACAAGGCAAGGUUUAACAAGAAGCCUUGAACGUUUGCAUGGCCAAAACCCCCAAACAUUCAGUCAGUUAUUGUAUAUACAUGACAGAGAAGAGCAGAAGAUCCUCACAUCAGAUAAUGUUGGAUGUUAAAUCACUUUAGCUCUUAAUCAUAUCAAAAAAACACAUAAGAACACACACAUUUUGGGAUGCAAGUUAUUUAAACUAAUCCAAAUCCAAACUUGAUUAUUUCCUGUGACAAUAGUUUCCCUCAGGUUUCAGGAAAAUCCACAAUAAUUGAGCUUUACCUUCAAAGCUCCGUCAAGGGCCUUAAGUAGCACUAUCCUCCGCCACCAGAGGGCUGUUGCGGGGAUACGGGCCCUGCCCUGAUCCGUCCCGCCCCCUUGAGGUUUGAAGUUGUUAGGCAGUAAACCUGACAUCUUGUACUGUGUGACUCAUUUUUUCUUUAUCCUCCUUGUCCAUUAUCAUGUGGAUUAGUCACUUCUUUCACUGCAGUUUGAUUAAGGUCGAGUUACAUAAAAAAGAAUUGUACUUGUGUGUGUGUGUGUGUGUGUGUGUGUGUGUAGUGUAUAUCUUGCUUGUGAGUGUGUACGCAAGCUUGUUCAUUGUACUGAGACUCCCGAAAAUAAUGAUAAAGGGCAACCUCACCUGACCUUUAACCUCCCAUCGAUCUUAGUGGCAGUUUAAGUGCAUCAUGCCAGGUUAGUCUGUGGACUCUCACGGGGCUCAGAUGGCUCACUGAGUGAGUUCUCCUACACACGUAUUCACACCACAGUAUAUGCAAAUACUUGCGUACACAACAUUUGCGAGCACUACACACUAACCUUAUCACAUGGCCACAUAAAUCAUGCGGUUUCUUUGACAUACCACAUAAACACACAUUGAAGUCAGUGACAGCAGAGGCUCUUGUCUGUUACUGUCAGUGCGAAUGACGCAUCACCUCUUUGCAAAGCCUCAUGGGAGUCUGAAGAGGUUGCCACAAACACUCAAGGCAUCGCAACACAAUAAUCCUAUUAAUGUGGCUGCUGAAUGGCGACGUCAAAGAAAAUGUGAGGUUUGAGAUGUCCUACUUUAAAAAGCAGUUUUGAAUGGUAAUGUGUAAAGUGAAGCCAGUGAAGAGGAAGGCUAAGCUCUCAGGUUCAAAGAGACGCCAGGGUUCAGAGUUUGUAGCAUCUCAGGUCAAACAGUAGCAAAGAGUUGUCUGCAAAUAAUGCUGUUUUUAGUGUCGUGUGAAGAUAAGAUUGUGAUGCAGUGCAUACACUCAGGAAGGCCAUGUAAGGAUGAGAUACUGCAGCUAAUCAAUGCCUAUGUAAGCUUUCGUCAUGGCGAAACAAAGACAGUCAGAAUCAUUGUUGUCUUGCUGUUGUUAACCUCAGUGCUUGACCCUCUUUCCAUUUCCUGCAGCAGGCCUUUGCAUCCACGUGCAGUAAACACCACUACCAUUUAUUUACAUACGGUGUGAUAAAGUUACACCAGACUUCCCACAAACAUCUGGGAUAUCUGAAUGGAAAGUAUGGAAAAUAAAUUAGGUAAUUUAUGUGUAAACAAAACACAGCUGACAAACACUAGUACGAGUACCAUGCGUUCAGUUCUGCAAACAGUAUGAACUCAUUUGCUCGCAUACACGACUGAAAUGCAUUUGUGCAUCCUGCAAGUUAGUGUCCAAGUAAGGAGAAGAGGCCCUCCUUACCCUUCAGUGAAAAUUCCAACAACUCCUUUAGGCACCUAAUAUAGAACGCGCACACACACACACACCAGUUGAGCAUACUUUCCUUGACUUACAUUACUACCCUUGAGGUGUAUCCUAAUUUAAACCAUAACUCUGACCCUUAAACCACAUCUUAACCUAAGACUAAUUCAUUUCCCAUUGAUCUGAAUGUGAUUGCAAUGAAACCAAAGUGGGGAAACCAGUUGAGUUCCUACUCAAGAGGUUUGGCUUGAUAUCUCCAAAUCUUGCUUUUGUUAAAAACACACACACACACACACGUAAACACAAACAUCAACUCCCAUAUAACUGUCUCAGUAAAUGUGGGGUGCUGUCUGGUAAUAAAAACCUUCCGCUGCGGUGAAGCUGAACCCCUGUGUUUAACUGGCUCUGUGAAUGUGUUACCGCUGAGAGACACCCUCUGUGAAACUCUACUUACUGGGUUUUGGUAUUUGGCAGAAACACUCAGCCAAGGCUUUUGUCUUUUUUUUCUUUCUUCCUGAGGGGAAAAAAAAGACAAGGUAGAUCCACUAAAUGCUGCUUUUGUGCGUUAGCUAUGUGUUGCAUCCAGGUAGGCUCGCUGCUCUAGUGUAUUUACCCAUUGUGUGACAGUGUCUGGUUCGCGUGUAUCGAUGUCGAGCGCUGCCGGCCUCUGAUGUCUCAUUGGGUUUCUUGGCAACCGGGUCUCAUGUCACCAUCUCCUGUUUGUGUCACACAAUUAAUGACAGUGUGUGUGUGUGUGUGUGUGUGUGUGUGUGUGUGUGUGUGUGUGUGUGUGUCAAGGUUAAAUGUAUACUUUUCACCUUUUGUGAUGUUUAUUCAGCACAGCAGGAUAUAUAUCAUUUGGCUGGUUUCUCCUUCAUUUUUUUUUUUUUUUGUUUGCUUUUCUGAGUCAGAUGUUUUAUCUUCACAAUCAGUGUUUUCAAAGGAUUGUCUCAUUCACUGUAUCCACAUUGUCUAAUCUGUUUCUACGUCUUUUAACUCGCUCUCUGAGAAGCGUCACGCUGUCUCUUUGAUGCAAGAGUGUGUGAAUAAAUUGUGUCUUCUGACUAUAAAAAUUAGUAUUUUCCCCAACAACAGCAAGAUCUGCAGAUGAAUGAUCCUCGAAUGACCUUUGAUCUUAUCUGAUUCAGUUUAGCUUUAAUCAAAGCACUGUACGGUCCUGUUUUUACUUUGCCUCGUGUCCUUUCUUGUCGUGUGUGAGAGGAAUAUCCCAAACCGACUUUGUGAGCCGUACAGUUUUACACAGCAGCUUGUUUUAUGGUCUGUAUCGUCUCACUGCUAAUCACGGCCACACGCCUCUAAAGAUAUCGUCUUAUGUUGAUGUUUUGCUGUUAAGUCACUUCCUCGAUAAGACAUAUUGCACAUAUAUUAUUACAUAUUGGGACCUGCAGUAGCUGAUGCUGUUUAAGUUAUUCUUAAUUACUUAUUUACUGUAAUCUCAAUUUUUUUCCACCAGCAUAGGAACUUUGUGUUUAAUACUAACAGCAGGAAAGAAAAUGACCAGAACGUGAUACAGUAGUACAUCUGAUAUUUUGUGAAUUAACAUUACAAGUUGUCUUGUUUUGAUAAGUGGAGAACUUUUACUUAAUUACAGUAGUAAAGUUGCAAUUAGGCAAACUUUGUGACCCAGAUGUGAGCUGAAGCUCAAUUUGGAACCCUAUCAAAAUCCAGAGGUAGGUCUUUUAGUACAAACACCACACAAAUAAUAUAUUUUAAUGUUUUCUGAUGCUGUUACUUAAUUAGUGAUGAGAAGUAUUGGAAUAAUAAAGACCCAUUAUUUCAGUCAUGAUCAGAAACAGACGUUUUCCAUCUACAACUCAAUCUCUUAGUUUAUGAUACAAUUUAAAUAAAAUAAAAAAAUAUUAUUGCUCCUUUAAAGACCAAUAUUUAGCGUCAUUUAUUGUUUUAUUAUUUAGUAUUUAGACUGAUCUUGAUAUUCUCAUCUGACCAGAAGCAGCCAAGCCAAAGCUGUUAAACGUCCACUACACCACCACAGACAUCCGAUUCAACAUAUUGAUUCUUGUCACUGCUGUCGCCUCUCUGUGUGUAGCUUUAAGGGAAUGAAAACAAGGAGAUCUAUCAAAAGGAAGUGAGGUGGGGGGUUGAACAAGGAUGCUGACCUCUUAUGAUGACCUUUGACUUUUUAAUUCCCUUCGGGGGUAACGAGCUUUUCUUCCUGAAAAGAGGAAAUCAAUAGACUAAACUGGUCUCUCUAGUAUCCCCCAGUAGUUUUUGUAGAUUGACUCCAUGUUGGCUUGUUGCUGUGAAUUUAAUCAUUUCCCUCGUCAAAGCCAGUAACAUAUUGCCCUUUGCUGUCUUAAUCACUUGUUUGUUUUCAUUUCAUACUUGCAGUCCCUUUAUGCCUGUAGCUGAUCACUUUAUUGCUGCACAGUAGAGAGUAAUGCAGGUUAAUUAUUAAAGGACUGUGGCCUUAUGUGUCAUCAACGCGGCCAAAGGUCUUAAAAUAUAUAUACAGUGUGUGUGUGUGUGUUGCGUGUUUGUAGGUUAACCUGGGACAUCAGUCGCAGGCAGUUGUCCCUUUUGUGUUAACAGCAAGUGCUGAGGUAGCAGAUUCCCCCUCUAAAGGGAAAAAGAAAAUGAGGUCGGGGACCUGUCGGAGCGACGGGGGUCUAGGUUUACACCACAUCCAGGCAACAAAUCUGGGAUCAUCUUUCAGCAGCGUAAUGGUUCCUCAAAAGAAGAUCCACAACAAGGAGUUCCAGCUUCAAAUCAGUGUCUAGAAAAAAAGUUACUUCCUGUAAUUUUCUAUCUUCGGGUUUAAUCAAGGUUGUAGAGACAAGGAAGUGAAAGGGAUUGAUUAGGGUUGUGGUGUUACUGAGACACGUGUGCUUUAUAUACUUAAACACACACACACACGCACACACACAGCACUAGUUUAUUGUCACACCUUGGUGGUCACACCUUGGUGGUCACACUCCCUCUGCGGUUACACUUGGGUGGGAAAGCUCCACCUCCCUAACACACUUAGAGCGCCCCGUAAAGACUUUGUUUUUGUCCCCGAGGGCCUCUGUGUGCUAUUUUAGCCUACCGUAACUAUACGUUGGGCAGCUAAAUAUGUGCUGUGUAUUAUGUUUUACACAAGAAUAUACACCAAGUGCAUAUUUAUCAUACGUCUUUAAAAACAUGAACCACUUUAGUGUUAAGCGUUUGACUGACCAUGUCCUGUUGGUGUGAAGUCGUGGUUGUUAUUGUCUUCAGGGACUCGGGUAUUUGCCGUUCGACCAGUGGCUUCCAGCCCCUCAGGCGGAGUGUGAGCUGACGGCAGUUGCUAUAAAAGUGUCUUUAAACAGUUUGACCAUAAAUUGUAUUAUACAGCUUAGCGCCUGCAGGUGUACGUUUUCUCUCAUACUCUGUGGCUGCUCCUGUCAUGGAGUAGAUGAAACACUACUUGCACUUAAACACUGUGCCUUUUUCUCAGAGGAGGACGCACCUGAGGGACUAGAGACGACUAGGAGAACGAGGAAAGUAAACAGAAGGAUAAGGGGGAGAAAAAGGUGGCGGAGGAGUGGUUGCCAUGCCGGCAAACGAAUGGAUGGGAGGGGCAGAGAUCAGGGAUUGCAGGAAACAGAGAGAAAGAGGGAGGGAGGAAUAGAAGAAGGGACGGGCUGACUCGUAUUUCAACACCGUGGCUCCUCGGGUUGGGUGUAACGCUAACCCUAUAGUCACACACACACACAGACAACUCUCAUAGUCAGUCACACACUGACCAGGACCGGAGUUCAGGGAAUCCUCACCAGCACAUCCUCCUUAUCAGCCUGUCUGCACGCCAUGCUGAGUGUGUGUGUGUGUUCAGCAGGUGUGGUCUCCACUUCUUGAUUCUUCACUUGUGCUGAUCAGCUGAUAGGAGAUUCAGAUCUCAGAUCUCCAGACGGCUGUCAACACCUGGACUUCUUUCACAACAUCAGCGUACUUGGCAUGCUUCUCCCUGAGCCACCGGUGGCGACGAUAUACCAGGGAAUUUUGGUCAAAACAGAAGGGAGAGGAAGAAGAAGCAAGUGUUGACAAGAAGUUGGGAUAAUUUGGAAAUCGGAGAAAGGCGGCGGCAUCUUUUUGCCCCCCCGGCAUCUACACACACACACACACCUACACAAUAGAGGAUCCCCUGUUUGGAACUUGUGGAUUUCAUAUGCGAGUGUGUGAAUGUGCAUGUAACUUCAUCAGGCUGGGAAUAGACCCAGGGACACUGACACCUCCUAACCCCCUGGUCUGUUCUGGCGCUGAGACGGUGCAAGUCAGCUGGUGUGUGUGUGUGUGUGCCAACAACUGGAGAUAACAACACUCGGGAGCACACAUGGUUGUAAACAACAACCCGCUGACUCGCUGUGAGUGAAAAAGUAUCUCUCUCCACCCUGUUAUGCACCACCAAGGAGUAGCACAGCCAACAGUGAAGCGUGCAUGCAAGUGUGUGUAUCUGAGUGUGUGCUGCAGAGGGGCGGUGACUUCUUCAGAAUGCUGGAUUGCAUAAUUACCACUUUUGGGGUUUGGGAAUCACGCCCGGAGUCUUUAAAUACAAAGGACGAGAAGAAAGGAAAAGAGAUGAUUUAAGUCUGGCUUAAAGUCUGGCUGGUGACACAGAGAUUGAUUGAAGGAGAAAGACGUUGGAAGUUGAGACUGUCCGGGUCAGAGUCAUGAUGUGGAACUGUGCAACCAAAGUGAAGGAAAACUGGGUUCGAGCUGAAUUUCCUCCUGGAACUAAUUUAAUACGUAAUAUGUCAUCUGAAUAGUUUGAAGCAUUUUAACAUGUGUGCAGACCUGGAUGCUUUUUUUCAGAAAUGUAUGGAAUCUCAUGAUCUGGACUUUGGUUGGUUAAGGAUCUACUUUUGAGGAUUAUUGUUUCCCAGUUUAAAACUUGGAUUUCAAGGCAUACACCUUCACAUCUUAGACUAGCUUCUCCUGAAUAAGGAUGAGGGGGGAAAGGAGGUCCGCUUCCUUUCGUAAGGAGAAACCAGCUGGCCUGUCCCGCGCUCUGAGCUGGCUGAACGUGUCCACCCUCUCCCGCCAGAGCAGACGCAUCUUCCACAGCCAGAAUGACCUCCGCGCCGCCCACAACCACCGUCAACCGUACUCGCACACUCGCCUCAAUGCGGCGGACGGAGACGAGGACGAUGACAGCUGGGUGUACCAGCCUCAACAUAAAAUAGCGGUGUCUAACCUGGAUGAGGAGAGCAAGUGGACGGUCCAUUACACAGCUCCGUGGCACCAGCAGGAGAACGUCUUCCUGCCAGGCAACAGGCCGCCCUGCGUCGAAGACCUCCACCGUCAGGCCAAAGUCAACCUUAAGACCGCCCUGCGAGAAUGCGACAAGUUGAGGAAAGAUGGUUUUCGGAGCUCUCAGUACUACUCUCAGGGCCCCACCUUCUCUGACCCCUUACAGUCCACCAACAGCCUGCAGGAUGAGGAGGAGGAGGAUGAUAAGAAGUCCACAGCUUCAUCAGCAGAGGACAACAGAUCCCAGCUCUCCAUGAGGCCCCACACCCCGCAGGGAGGGGGUGAAGGAGGGGAGGGGUAUGAGGUUGACGGACAGGUUGUCUGGAACAAGAAAGGCACAUCCCUCCCCACCCCAGAGGAGAAGAUGAGGCUGGCGGCCCGGGCCGUGCCCACUGACAUAGUUCCCAUCAACGUCACAGGGGCAGUGUUUGACCGACAGGCGAGUGUCCGGCGCUCCCUCAUUAACACUGACACCGUGUCCCGCCGGCCCAAGAAGGUCAAACGCAGAAAGACUAUAUCAGGGCUGCCUGACAACUUCAACCAUGACCUAGCAGCAAAAAGACACGGCGGAGAGCUCCGGCCACAUUCCAUGUUCAUCCCGGGACAGUACUCCACCUUGGGUAGAGUUGGGAGCGUCAACUCAAUGCUCCGACGUUCAGAGACCAGAGACUCCGGCUGCCAGACAGAGACAAUAAAGAUUGUACCCCCAUCCAUGAGACGAAUCCGGGCUCAAAGAGGACAGGGAAUCGCUGCUCAAAUGGCCGCCAUUUCUGCUUCCUCCUCAGCAGGAAGUAUAUCCGUCUCGAGUAGCGACAGCUCUGGGAUCUUGAUGCUGCCUCAGUUUAAUAGAGAUCUCUCCCGUUUUCACAGUCUGCCCCGACAGGGAGCCAGGGUGUCCCUCAGUGCUGACCCCAUUUAUAGCAGCACCCCCAUCAGGUCUGAGGAGCAAACUACGCCUCCGAGGCAGAUUGGCAAGCUUCAAGUUGAUGAUACAGCGGUGCACAUGAGAAAUGCCCCAAGGACAGGCACCCUGCCUCGGCCUAAGUCUCAGGAGGUGAGGGGGACACAGGCCAGUGAUUGGGGUGGUGGACCAGCAUGUGUAGUCUCCCCACAUGCUGCCUAUUCCACCUCGUUCAUCCCCAAUGCUACCCUGUCUAGCUCCUCUGAGGUCAUUACCCUCAACACCUCCGGUCAGCUCCCCCACUCCCAAGCCUCCGCUUACCCCACAGCUCGACCGCUCAGUCGAGCCUCCUCCACCAACACUGACCCCAGAAUCUCCAAUCCAAUAGCCUUUACCCACAGCGACACCUGCCCAGCUUUGGCCACUUCUACCCCCACUCAUACACCAAAGGACGGUGGUCCGGAAGUCGCAAAACCUGCUAGUGAGUCAGGGCUCUCGGACAGCAGUAUACACAGCCGCAGCACCUUGGCACCCACACCUCCAUCCUGUCUGCCAGAGGAGCAGUGGAUCUAUGACACGCCAGAAAACGUGGUGGUUCCACACCGUACUCUGACCUCCAGCUGCUCCAUUCCUAUAAACCAGUCCUAUAGCAGCCUGGAGCACUCCUCCAGGACCACUACUGACUCCAGCUCCCUCUAUUCCCAAGACAAUGAUGGAUACUACACCUCCAUGCACAUGGACUCGGGCCUGCGCUCUCGCAGCCAUGGCAGUGGGCAUGGUGCAGCACCUGGACGGGCCACCAGGCACAGCAUGUACGAGUGCCGCGAGGUGGCCAAUCAGGAAGACUCUAUGAGCUUGUACAGUGAUCGCUCGCUGUCCCGCAGCAUCUCCCUCCGCAAGGCCAAGAAGCCUCCUCUGCCACCAGCUCGUACAGACUCUCUUAGACGCAAGACUUCCGAUAAAAAGCCUCUUGGAGGCGUUAGCGCCAUCGGCGGUGCUAAGGAGGCAAACGGAGCCAUGCUCAAUGAGACUCUUAUUGCCAGCUUGCAGCAGAGCCUACAGAUGGGGCUGAAAGGAGGGAAAGGAAAAGGGGCUUCACCUUCUUCCCCCUCUCACAGCCCGAGCAGUGACUACGAUGACCCUUGGGUGCUACGGCCACGCAGUCAGAGUAGCAUCAGUGCAGGCAGCUCUGCAGCAUCACUCGCAGCUAACGCCAACUGUGGCGGUGUGUCUAACGUGUACUCGUUAUGCCAUGUGACGCCGGCUCAAAGUGAAACCAGCAGCUUGCGCUCAGAAUACGCUGAUUCCUGGGGUUACUACAUGGACUACCCUCGUAACCAUGAUCAGAGGGUGCAGACCCCUCCGGCCCAUGCCACAGAGAGCAUGUUGUCUGGGACUCACCCAGGAGAAUUACAGAACGGAGGUGAGAUUCUCAACAACAGCCAGGCUACUGGUGCUCCAGGCCAGGACGGAGGGGUGGCAGUGAAGCCCAAAAUGGCAACCUCCUCACCAGACAGGGUGCACCGGCUGACCUCCCCAUCCAGCGGCUACUCCAGCCAGUCCAACACCCCCACAGCUGGAACCCCAGUGCCCUCGUUUGUCAGGUCCAUGUCUCCCUCGGGCGGCCGGCCAAAGCCCAAAGUGCCCGAGAGAAAGUCAUCUCUCCUCUCUUCUGUAUCCAUGUCCUCCUCUUCCACCUCCCUUUCCUCCAACACUUCGGACUCACUUAAAAGCUCCGGACCUCCUCCUUCACUACCUCCACCCUUGCCCCUCUCCUCCUCCUCAGCUCCCACCACCCCUCUCAGCCCACCUCCACCCUUCCCUCCCCCUCUACCGCCAUGUUCCAGUACCGGCACUCCACCGCCAGCUCCCCUGUUACCAGCCACCCCUCAGAGUGAAACUCUGAGCCCACCCGCUGCUUGCUCCACCUCCCCAGAAUUCCCUCCUCCUCCAUCCCCUGAAAUGCUAAUCCACCCCAGUUCAUCCUUCAAUGGGAGCUUCAGCCCUCCCCCUCCACCUCCCAUCCCCUCCAUGGGACCCCCUCCACCUCCUCCACUGCCAGCUUUUGUCCCACCUUCCCCGUCCUUUGUGAAGGCAGUGAAAGAUGCUCCAAAACCAGCUCUUUCCAAAAGCCCUACAAAGUCACCUAAGCCCCUGAUCACGCCAUUUGCGCUGCAGAUGGUGCAGCUCCGCUCUGUUAAACGACCAGAGAAGGAGAUUAACGGCAAAUCAGACCACACCGAAGCUCAGGUUCUAAAGCCCCAGACCCUGGAGAAGUCUCACCCCCUGGAGCAACCUACUGUGAUACCCGGGUCAAACUGCUCCCCAGAAGAAGAUUCACGCAACUCCUCACCAUCACCUGUGUCAAAGCUCUUAGAAGAGUUGUCUUUAGACUGCAGUAUCACACAUGACACACCAGAUAGUGUUGUCAUGAAUGGAAAAGCGGAGGAUCAAAGUUACUUUAUCUUAAACAGAAAAGAAAAGGAUGAAGGACGGGAAUCACUGCCCAGUCCCCAACAGAGCCCCCGUAGCUCUCCUGUCAAACAGAAGCCCCCAGUGGUCUCCAAGAAACCCCAAAUCUCUUUCCUCCCACAAUUUAGCCCCCGACCAAUCGAUGAACAGGUUCCAUCUGAGGAUACAACCAUCCUGUCACAAAUAGAAGACCAAGUCGAUGCACCGCAAAGACAAACACAGAAAGAAAAGAAAGACAGUAAAAGUGAGCAACAGGAGGAAGAGGAAAGUUCAGAGAGCUCGGAGCUUCCAUCAGAAAGCUGUGAAACGACAACAGUAACCCAGAACGAGUCCUACAUUUGUGCUUCUGCCAGCCAGCCAAGUCUUGACCAUGGACUAUAUACCAAUGGAGAGGCUCAAGAAGAGGAAGAGGAUGAGGGAGAUGGAACAAGUAGCACGUCUGGAUCCAUCAGCUCCAGGGAGGACGACACUAGUGAGGUGUUCUACUCCAGUACGGCCGAAUCGUCUCCGGCCCCGUCAGCCAACGGGUCUUCCGAGGAGAACAUGGUGACCCCGAGUCACACGCGGCCCCGAACCACUGAGGACCUUUUUGCCGCCAUUCACAGAUCGGUAGCACCGCCUCUCCAGUGUGGCCGAGAAUUCAACAAACCGUCGAAGCGCAAGGUCCUGGGUCGCAAGGAAUCUGAGGAGGACAAGUCCCGGGCUGGGAGCAGCCCUCAGUCUCCACCCCUCACUCCGACAGGCGGGUCCCCAGUGAUGGUGUCCCCCUUGCCCCGCCCGUCAGGCUCCAUCCAGCGCAACCUUCGCAAGUCCUCCACCAGCAGCGACACCUUCAAGGCCCUUCUCCUGAAGAAGGGCAGCCGCUCAGAGACCAGCUUCAGGAUGUCGGCCACUGAGAUGCUUCGCUCCACUGACCCUCGCUCCCAGAGACCAUACUCGGAGUCGGCGUUGGACUCACCUGAGGCCUCGCCUUCCUCCUCGCUGAUGGCGCCACACAGCCCCUGUAACUCCCCCGGCCGUGGUAAGAGAGCAACAGAUGAGUGGAGCCGCUACGAGGCCUUGGCCCUGUCCUCUCCGACUUCACCAUCCUUGUCAAUGAGCGGGUUUAGGUACGGGCGCUCACGCACGCCGCCCUCUGCUGCCAGCAGCAAGUACAACGCACGCAACCGGAUCCUCAGCAGCCCAAUGACAGUGAUCUGUGAGCGCGAGGGCGAGCUGGCUGAGAGCGAGUACGGGGACACUGCAGAGAGUCUGUCCACACCCUCUGCUCUGACUCUCCCUCUAUUCAAUAACUCCAAUGGCACUUUAUCUGAUGGGAGCAGAAGUUAAAACGCAAGGACCGCCCCUUAGAUACAAGGAGCUGAACUCACUCGUCAUAACCAGGUAAGGGGCAGGAGGAGGAGCCAAUAGAAGGCCCUCUAGAGACACCUUCCUGAGCCCCACCCCCUCGGCGUUGCCUCUGAGGCAGUUAAAUGUCAGGCGCUGAUGUGAGGUCAGAGGUCGCCCCGUCAUGGACCAGGCUGAACUUAGUCUGAAGUGGAGAACUGCAUCUGCUGCAUUAGUUCUAUGAAUCUCACUCUGUCCUUCGUUUGGUGACUCACCCAUUGUGUUCAAAGAAUGGUGUUGCUUUUACGCCUGGUGUACUUAGUUUGUUUCCAUUUGUUUUUUUUUACUUUUAUUUCAUUAACAUGCAGGAAUUCUUUUAGUUUCUUUGAAUGACAAGGAUAAGAUAGUGAACUGAAGGAAGUGAAAAGUCACAAGCUGUAACUUGUGCUGCUACGUAGAGCUAGGCAGUUGGAAAGAGUGGAAUGUAGAGGCGUGCUGGACGCUCUCGCCUUGUGAAUCUUCUCAGCUUCUGCUUCUCUUCCGUCGUCUCUGGAAGGUGUUUGAGAGCACCACGGUUUGCAAGUGUUGGCUUCAAACAGCCCACAAUAUUGUGAAGAGAACCCAGAGGAGGCGGUGCAACAAGACAGCUCCACAGUACAACUUCAGCUACGGUUAUCGGCAGGGUUUGCUUACUGCUCUUAGGUUCAGAGCUUUCGUUUGCAGAGCUGGUAUGUUCAGUGGUCCACAGGAAGUGCAGAGGGCUCAGUGCUGUCACCUAGUGACGGCCAGGAAGUAAACAACUGUAGAGUGUAAAAAGACUCAACCAAAAACAGCAAAUGUACUCUAUAAAAAAAAAAAAGGCUCAUAAAACCUCUGUUAAAUGAAUUUUAGUUUGUAGAUUUUGCAUUGUGCAUAGAUCUUUUUCUUUGUUUGUGACUUAAAAACUAUGUUUUAAAGAUUGUUUUAAUAAACAAAGUGAUGUCAUGACGUGUUUGGGAGUUAAGUAUGAAUCUAUAAAUGUAAAGACGGAGAUGAGAGUAGAAGAAAAACUCGUUUUACUGUCUGGGACUUUUAGUGAUCAUCACGUUGGGCACCAAAGAGCUGAAACAAUGACCCGCUGGCCGUUAAACUGGAAGUGAACACAACCUGAGAGUGUGACCGCUUGUCUGGCACCCUGCAUACAGCCCAAACCCAAACCUACCACAAGCUUUUUAGGGCUUAAAUGAUUUCUAUAAUGCUGUUGACCUUUCUGCUAAGUUGAUCCUUUUGCAGUUUUAUAUGAUCCUGUAUGUAAAUACAUAGAGAAAGAAGUUUUAAGUAACAUUUUGACUUAUUUUCAAAGACUGUACAUUUUUAGAGAGCCUGUAUUUGCUGGAAGGGGAGUGGUUACCUUUUUUUGUAGAUUAUUUAUUUUCACAUAGCGGGGCUGUAAACGGUGUCCCGAUCAGAGUCAACCAGCGAGCUGAUGGAGGCACAGGGCAGAGUUAGGAGGGCCACAUUUACUCCGCUGAUGCCACCAGGCCAUUUCUUUCAUUUAAAGGCGCUUUAUAGUGACACACAAAUGCAAUAAUGUUAUUAUUUAUGCGAAAGCCUUCUACUGCCCUUAAUCAUGCAAAACCCCACGCUGGUGCUCACAGCUGAGUAAAUGUGGUCUCCCAAGAGUCAUAAACUGAGGUGACGGGCGUGAGACUUAAUAACCUCCUAACAGCCAUAACACCCUGUGGUUUAAUCACCUGUGACCAAAGUGUGUCUCCCAAGCUCACACAACUGAGCACUUUGGGGGCCCGGGCUUGUCUCAUGACAGGAAAAAAACGUCUCAGUCGCAGAGGGGGAAAGAUGGGAGGACAGAAGAAGUAGUUGGAGUGGAGCUGCUAAGGCUCUUGUGUCUGUCUGUGUAAUAAAAAACAAGGUGAUAUUUAAA